AUGAAUCUCUUAUGUUGGAAUUGUCGGGGGCUUGGGAACCAACCAACAGAACAAGAGCUUGGAGACAUGAUCCGGGCACAAGAUCCCUCAAUCGUGUUCUUAGCCGAAACAUGGCUGGAUAAAGCAAGGCUAGAAGAAGUUAGGGUUAGAUUAAACUUGGGUGGUAUGAUUGAAGUUUGCCGUGAAACAAAAGGGGGGGGCAUUGUCAUUUUUUGGAAGAAGGGGAUUGACUUUUCACUUGAUACAUUCUCCCCAAACCAUAUAGAUGGCAUUGUGAAUAAAGGCACGGAGGAUGAAUGGAGAUUUACGGGUUUUUACGGAGAGGCAGAAACAGCAAAUCAUCACUUGUCAUGGUCCUGCUUGCGACGUCUAAAAAACAGAAAUGCUAUUCCCUGGCUAUGUGCAGGUGAUUUUAACGAGAUUACGAGAAGUCAUGAGAAACUUGGGGGCCGUAUUAGACCUGGAAGACAAAUGGAGGAUUUUAGAGCGGUGUUAGAUGAAUGUGGAUUUCGAGACCUUGGGGGGAAGUUCACAUGGUGUAAUGGGCAUCCGGAUGGCUUUACAUUAUGGGAGAGAUUGGAUAGGGCAGUUGCUACAAUGGAUUGGUUAGGAAAAUUUCCGGCGACGAAGGUUAUUCAUUUGGAGUAUGGUUCAUCUGACCAUAAGCCAAUUCUUAUUUGUCUCAAUGGUGUGCCUAAGUUUCGAAAUAAACCAUGGAGGUUCGAGCACAUGUGGUUAGAGGAGGAGGGGUGUAGGGAUACGGUGGAGGCGGCGUGGGGUUGUGAUGUUCCUAGCCAAGCUAUGGCUCGGGUUGAAGGUGAUAGCAAUACUCGCUAUUUCCAUAGUAAAGCAUCCCAUAGGUUCAGGAGAAAUAGAAUUGAGGCUCUGGAAAAUCAUAGGGGGGAAAAAUGUGAGGAUGAAAAUGGGAUUGCAAAUAUUUUGGUAGAAUCUUACCAAAAUCUCUUUGAUUCUUCCUUACCAGACCAGAUUGAGGAAGCCUUAGAAGCCACUCCUACGGUGGUAUCAGAAGAGAUGAAUCAGACACUUGUAGCACCUUUUGAAAGAGGGGAAGUGGAGUUGGCUCUGAAGCAGAUGGAUCCCCUAAAAGCAACAGGACCGGACGGCAUGCCACCUCUUUUUUUCCAGCACUUUUGGCCGGCCAUCGGAGAUGAUGUGGUGGAGGCCGUACUCACUUGUCUCAAUUCGGGCUCUAUACCCUCCUUAAUAAACCAAACCUUCAUUACUCUCAUUCCAAAGGUCAAAAGUCCGGUAAGAGUCUCUGACUACCGCCCAGUUGCUCUAUGUAAUACUCUUUAUAAGCUUAUUUCUAAGGUUCUAGCAAACAGACUCAAGACUGUUUUACCAUGUUUUAUCUCUGAUACUCAAAGUGCUUUUCAAUCUAGCAAAGCAAUAUCUGAUAAUAUCCUGGUUGCCUUUAAGACAUUGCAUCAUAUGAAGAACCAAAAAUCUAAGAAGGGGGGUUUUAUGGCUUUGAAACUAGAUAUGAGUAAGACGUACGAUUGGGUGGGGUGGGUUUAUCUGGUAAAAAUAAUGGAGAAAUUGGGUUUUUGUGAUAAGUGGGUGUCCCUUGUCUAUGAAUGUAUUAGCUCUGUCUCCUACUCUAUUUUGGUCAAUGGCGAACCGAGGGGUGAUAUUAGACCUUCAAGAGGGCUAAGGCAGGGAGACCCUUUGUCCCCCUACUUGUUCUUACUUUGUUCAGAAGGUUUGAAUAGGAUGCUUCAAAGGGCAGCAGCGGAGGAUGAUUUACAGGUUAUUCAAGAUAUUCUAUCCUUGUAUGAGAAAGCAUCAGGCCAAAAGCUAAAUCGUGAGAAGACAACCAUUUUCUUCAGCAAGGCUGUUCAGGGAGACACAAAGACUCAACUCUCAAACUUUCUACAGGUGUGGAGACUGCUUAAGGAUCAUAACUCCCUAUUCUUUCGUGUUUUUAAAGCAAAGUACUUUCCAAAUGGCUCAAUUUUUGAAGCCCAUGCUGCUGGGGGGUCAUAUGCCUGGCAGAGCAUCCUCAAAGCUAGGAGGGUGAUUUCGAUGGGGAUGCGAUGGAGGAUAGGGAAUGGCGAAAGUAUAAAUGUUUAUACUGACAGCUGGCUGCCUGGGAAGGGAUCGGCCAAAAUUCUUUCUCCACGAUCGGGUGGGCUGGAUGGUGCAUGGGUUGCUGCCCUUAUAAAUUCUGAUACAAGGACCUGUGAUCAAAAUGUGUUACAACAACAUUUCUUGAGCUUCGAGGUAAGCCAUAUCAAAGCCAUCCCACUGUGCUGGACUGACCAAGAAGAUUGCUUAAUUUGGCCUAGGUGCAAGGACGGUAAUUACUCAGUUAAAACAGGAUAUCAGCUCCUGUGUGAAUCUGAAACCGUGGAUGCUGCAUCAAGCUCAGAUAGUUCGAAGCAAACUCUCUUCUGGAAAUGCGUAUGGAAGUUACAAAUCCCAAAUAAAAUAAAAGUGUUCCUUUGGCGGGUGUGCUCAAAUGCAUUGCCAACCUUGGAAAACUUGAAGCGGAGGAAGAUAAUGGAAGAUGCAAAAUGCAAGGCUUGUCUUGCGGCUGAGGAAGAUGCUUUCUAUGCUAUCUGGGGUUGCGAGAAGCUUCGACAUAUUUGGUUCCCCUGUUUCAGCUGGGUCCAAACAGAGCAUCCGCAAAUUCUAGAUGUACAGGAGCUUAUCUCUUUGGUCGGGCAACGAAUUGACAAGCUCGAACUUUUUGCGGUUGUGGCGUGGUUUAUAUGGAAUCACAGAAACAAGUUGCUUGUGAAUGAGAAGGGCUUAGCUUCGGACAAAAUUUUACAAGUGGCUAUGGCAUAUCUCUCGGAGUUUCAGGUAAAGUUUCCUAAGGCAGCCCCUAAACCACCUAAGGGCCAUGUACGUUGGUGUCCUCCUAUGGGUGAGCGGUUUAAGACUAAUUAUGAUGGGGCUGUGUUCUCUGAAUCGGGAGAGGCUGGUAUUGGGGUGGUGGUUCGGAAUGCAAAAGGUGAGGUAAUCGCUGCUCUUGCCGAGAAGAUUCUGUACCCGGGCUCGGUGGAAGUGCUGGAAGCCUUGGCUGCGAGAAGGGCUGUGAAAUUUAUUGUAGAACUAGGCAUUGCAGGUUCGGAUUUUGAGGGAGACUUGGAGCUAGUGUGCAGAGCUUUGAGGUCAGCAGAGUUAGGCCACUCAUCCAUCGGUCAGAUUGUCAAAGACAUUAUGUCUAUUAUUGGUUCACUUAGUUUUUUCUCUUUCUCUCAUACUAGGCGGCAGGGCAAUUGUGUGGCCCAUGCAUUGGCUAGGAGAGCAAUAGUUUCAUUUCCUUUAUUAGUUUGGAUGGAGCAUGUUCCAUCCGAUAUUGAUCCGUUUGUCAUUUCAGAUAUUCUGGAUAGUUAA